AAAUAUAAAAUCAAAUUUAUUGAAUAAGAUGGCAGCUAAUAAAUUUUGGAAAAAGAAAGAAGUAAUUAUCACUUAAAAAUAUUGAGUUAUCAAGUUUAGAAUAAUAAGUAGGAGCAGCAUUAACAUAAAUUGAAAGUACAAUGACAGAAGUUAAGAAUUUGAAAUUAUCAUCAGUUGUUGAUUUCACAGCAAAGAUUAAUGCAAAGAAAUAAGUGUAUUUAGUAUAUAUUCCUUAUCCAUGCUUAUCAAUUUAUAAUAAGAUUAGGUAUAAUUUUUGAAUUCAUCAUAGCUAAAAGUUAUUGCCUGAAUUAGAAAAGAGAGUUAAAGCAACUAUCUUAGUAGUUGCUAAAAGAACAAUUGAAAGUAAAUGGGUAAAGAAACACAGAUCUUAAACAAGACCAAAUUCAAGAACUCUUACAAGUGUUUAUGAUGGAUUACUUGAAGAUUUAAUAUCUCCAUCUAUAAUUUUAGGUAGAAGAACAAGAGUCAGAGUUGAUGGCACUAAAUUCUAUAGAAUGUAUAAAUAAAUCAUUUAUUUAUUAGAUUCCUUGAUGAAAGUGAAUAGAAAGAUUUAGAAUCUAGACUUGAUUCAAUAAAAGAUGUUUACAAAGUUUUAACAACAAGAGAUUUAGAAUUUGAAUUUAGAAGAGAUGAUACUUUUUAUUAAAAAAAGGGUGCUAAGAAAGUAGCUAAGAAAUGAAGAACAUUAAAGUAUAGUAUUAUAGGCA